UGAAGUGAGCCUUUAUUAGUCGGGACCGUUUGGAUCUUAUCUCGCAUAUGACACUCGUUGGAAGAAAGACUGGAGCAAAAAAGAGGGGGAUUAUCUGUGAGCUGCCUUCCGAUCCACUGAUUCCUGACACGGGGAGAGACGCGCUUAUCUCGCUCCUUUAUCUCCAUGUUCCACAGGCGGAUGGACGAGUAGCCCUGGCUGCACUUUCACCACUAUCUCCCCAUCUCGUCUAUUGUCUCUGCAUCGCUGGGAUCACACGGGGGGCUGCCUGAUCCCUGCUCACAUCAUUGCUAUCUUUUUUUUAAUCGGCACGAUCACUAACAUUUGAUCCGCAAACAUUUCCCUGCUUGACGUUUAACCCCUGUAUGAUUCCCAUGUCGCAAAUCCGUGGCUAAGAAAGUAAAAAAUUGUUUUUUACAAUUGUUUUUUUCGUUUUCGUGAGACUCUCUUUAACAUCUGACGGUUGUUUGGCCAGUGGAAUAUGAGUUAAUCUGGAGUUGAGGCUCCGCUCAACAGCGUUUUAAGUUGGUUUCAAGAAAAAAUAGCCUCCAACUCUUUGUCAAGCAGCUUCUUACGGAGGAGUGACAGCCAACAGCGGACAAUAAAAAUGAUGCUGAGCCCGGACCAGGCUGAGGCGGACCUGUCCUGGACUCAGUCCGACCCGGAGACGAUGCUCAACGGCCUCAAGUCGGUCGGCUGUGCCUCGGACGAGCCGGCGGAGGGCGAGGACAGGGCCAAAUGUAAAGCCGAGCAGCCCCUGAGCAGGGAGGAAAAGAGGAGGAGGCGGAGGGCCACGGCCAAGUACCGCUCGGCCCACGCCACCAGAGAGAGGAUCCGGGUGGAGGCGUUCAACGUGGCCUUCGCGGAGCUGAGGAAGUUACUCCCCACCUUGCCCCCAGACAAGAAACUCUCCAAGAUCGAGAUUCUCAGACUGGCUAUAUGCUAUAUCUCUUAUCUCAAUCACGUGCUGGAUGUCUAAAAGUCACCCCCGCCUCCACGAGCACCACAGAGGUGCUCGGGUCGGUAGACUGGACUCAAGCGCAUGCUGGGCGUCAAUUGGGUACGACACGGUUGGCACGUAUAGGCUCGACUGCUAAAGGAGAAAAUUGAAAGCAGAUGUUUGUAGCUCUCCAUAGCUGAUAUUUGAUGCAGACAUCCACUACUUAAAUUCCCCAGCUUUCAGCAGGUAAAAUGAAAUAAGUUCUUGGUAUCCACAACUCUCUCAUGAGAUAAGUUACAAGAUUAAAACAAAUCGGAAUAAACGUUCUAAUUAAUACAAGUUAGGAAUUAUUUUAGGGAGCAACCUGAUAUAAAAAUCAGAACUGGCUCAGUGGGUCUAACACCUGUGAUCAUGAUCUGACUUCAGCUUUGAGAUUUUAAUUACACACCAAUAAAGUCAGCAAACUUGAACCCGUUAAAAAAAUCCAACCAAUUCAGCAUUCAGGGCCAAACUCUCUAAAAUAAUGUUUUCCACCGAAUUCAACCAUCUUGCCCCCGGGUGCUGGGAGUUUGCCAUACAGCACCUUAUAGGUGACUGAGUUGACCCAGUGUGAGUGAUGAUUUAUUACGAUGGUGCAAAGUUGCUCUACUCAACCUUCAGUCCAGACUCACUGAACAAAAGCAACAAGCACCGAGUUGUUUGAGCUCGUAGAUGCAAUAAUAAGGAUUAUUUUCCGAUAUACAGUGGGGGAGGAUGGGGGAGGAUGGGCUGGAAGAACACCGCGGGCAUUCAUGUUUCCUUCACAAGAGUGAUAGAGGAUGGAAAUUGUGU